AUGAUCACCUCAGCUAGAUGGAUAAAAUAGGAGAAGGGUAUGCAAUUAGCAAGGAUAGAAGAUGGAAAGUGGGUUGAUUUAAGCUACAAUUUUUUGGAGUAUGAUUUAAGUAAAUAAUAAAAAGUGGCAAAAAUGUAGUUAUAGUAAGACAGUACUAAAAAGAUACAAGAAUUGGACAUUGGAAAUUUAUUUUUAGGAAUUAAAUUAUUAAAUUUUAUUUGGAAGGUUAGUAGAGGAGGAUUUAUGAGGAUAAAGUUAGAUUAUAUAGAUAAGUUUUGUUUGAUUACCAAAGCUACAUCAUCUAGUUUGGUUGAAAAUUCUAAUAUAGUUUUUACUUGCUUGCAAUUCAAGAAAGAAAUAUUGGUGUCGAAAUAAUUAAAUUUAGUUCUCACUCACAUCUUUUAUUUAUAUUCAUAAUGA